CCCUCUUCUUCUCCUUCUUUCUUUCUCUUUCUUUCUUUCUUACCCAGAUCGGCUGGGUUCUGAUGAGCUGGGUGGCUGGGUUCUAAUGAGUUGGGUAGCUGGGUUUGACGAAACCCAGAUUUGUUGGGUUCCGUCGAACCCAGCUUUGUUGGUUGCCCGAACCCAGCCUUGCUGGGUUCGUCGAAACCCAGCUACUGGCCUUGCUGGGUUCGUCGAAACCCAGCAGCUCUGGGUUUUGCGUGACCAGCAAGGCUGGGUUUCAACGAACCUAGCCUUUGCGCGAACCCAGCCUUGCUAGGUUCGUCGAAACCCAGCUGCUGGGUUCGCGCGACCAACAAGGCUGGGUUUCGACCAACCCAGCCAUGCUGGUCGUGCUUGCUGGUUUCAUUGAAACUCAGCCUUGCUGGGUUUCGACAUUGGGUGCAUGUUUUUUCAUUCUUGUUUUGAUUUUCAUUUUCAGUUCUUGAAAAAUUUGAGAGUGGAUUUACAAUUUGAUUGCAUUUUUGUUGGAAUUGGAUUAGAGAUUGAUUGCAUUUGUUUAUUGAAGGGUUAAUUUGAUUUGGUGAGAUCUAUUGGCUUGAUGAACUCAGUGGCUUUAAUGAAACUAGUAACUGGGUUCGAUGAUAGAGAACUCAAAUUUUGCUAUGGAGCAUUCUAGGGUUCAUUGUUUUUUUGCAGGUUUUAGUGAGUUUGAUUUGUGUAGGAAAGAAAGAAAGAGAAAGAAAGAAGGGGAAGAAGAGAGAGUAAGAGGGGAGGGUAAUAAUGUAAUUUUAUUUUU